AUCAAAAUAUCGAUCUUCGUGUUUGGUGUUUGAGGUUCCUCCUCGGUGUUUUUAUAUUAUAUGUGUAAACUAUUGUUUUGAUCAUGGAAUCUGAAUCUCAGCCUGAACCUAUUAUGCAGAUUGAACAACCCUCUAAUAGCGAAGAACCUAUUAAAAUUGUUAUCUUAGAUCCUUCCACCUUAAUACCAGCAUCCACAGCAAAUGGUAGCGAUACAGUUGCUCCGGCAACAGGCGCUGGCGUUAAAGAUAAUGCAAAACCAUCUCCGAAGAAACCUAAGAAACGAAAGCCUAAAAUUCCGCGUGAUGUAAAUGGACCAAGACAGCCACUUACAGGUUACGUGAGAUUCCUCAAUGAGCGUCGCGAUCAACUCCGUGCUGAGCAACCAGACUUAGGUUUUGCCGAGCUGACCAGACAGCUAGCCAGCGAGUGGAGUAAACUUGCUGCAGAAGAAAAAAAGCAAUACUUAGAUGCAGCUGAUCAGGACAAGGAAAGGUUAUUAUUAGAGAUGAAACGGAUAUCCGGCAAC